AUGGAUGAUACUUUUACUGUCCCAAAUGCCCAGACGGCAAUCCUCCAGCAAGAAGGUGGGGUUCUUAAGACCACACCCAACCAGCCUAUCCCAGAGUUCAACCCCGGUCAAAUGCUCGUCAAAACCCAUGCAGUGGCUCUCAACCCUUGCGACUGGAAGAUGCCCCUCAGAUUUCCCACAGAGGGACUGUGGGAUGGGUGCGACUUUUCUGGCACGGUCGUUGCGCUCGGAAGCCAAGCUGCUCAAGCCGGCCGAUUUCGUCUUGGAGAUCGUGUCUUCGGCGCUGUUCAAGGAUCCAAUCAAACGGACCCACAAUCAGGAGCGUAUUGCGAGUAUAUACGAGUCUUUCCAGAUUUUACGUUUCACAUCCCAGACGACAUGUCAUUUACCACUGCACCUGCUAUAUCUGGAACGGGAAUUGCAACUCUCGGAGUCGCGUUAUUUUGGUCCCUACAACUGCAAGGAACGUUGGACAAACCAAUUACGAAACCCGAAGAUGUAUUUGUAUACGGUGGAAGCAGUACCAUUGGCUUAAUAGCGAUUCAGAUUUUGAAACUGUGUGGUUACCGGGUCAUCACAACAUGCUCCUCCCGGAACUUUGAUCUUGUUCGGUCAUACGGAGCCGACCUUAUGUUUGACUAUAAGUCUCCAACCUGCGCCGAGGAUAUCCGAGCAGCAACCAAGAAUCAUCUUCGUUAUGUGCUGGAUCCUUUUGCGGACAUGAAAGCAGUGCGCCUAUGCCAAGAAAUAAUUGGUCGGACGGGUGGACGAUACUGUGCGCUUGAGGAGUAUCAAGAGGAUCUCCUUACCCGCAAGGUCAUCAAGCAUGAACUUGUUAUGGGUGGAGCAAUUUCGGGAAACGGGGUUGAGCUUCCGGAGCCUUAUGGUAGCCCAGCGCGCCCGGAGAUUGGGGAAUGGGCUCGUCCAUGGUAUCGGUCCAUUCAGGAACUGAUAAUGACAGCCAAAAUUAGACCUACCCCCAUUGAGAUUAUUCCAGGCCGUUUUGAUGGAAUUUUGAAUGGCUUAGAAAUGCUCAAGCACGGAAGUGUCUCCGGAAAGAAGUUGGUUGUCAGUAUGGAAGCCAGCGACUAA